UUACCGAUCAACUUGCUGCAUGCGAGCUAGCUAGCUGCACUACUACUAUCUAUAAAAACCAGACAAGUACUUCCCAUUUCAUCCCACACAAUCAGCUUGUUCAAUAUUCUUCUUUCUAACCUUCCCCAGAUGGCUGGACUCAGCUUGAAAAAGAAUCUACUAACCCUCGUUCUAGUUGUAAUCUUAGCAGGAGCACUUGUCCCCGGCAAUGUGAAGGGUCAAAAUUGUGGUUGCCAAGCUAAGGAAUGUUGCAGCCAGCAUGGCUAUUGUUGCACCAGCAACGACUACUGUGGCCCGGGGUGCCAGGAAGGCCCUUGCACUAGUGGUAGUUCGGUGGUCGAUAUUGUGACGGACGAUUUCUUUAAUGGGAUACUGAAUCAGGCGAAUGAAGAUUGUUCUGGAAAAAGCUUCUACUCAAGAGCUGCCUUCCUUAGUUCUCUUAGUUCGUAUUAUCAAUUUAGGUCUGGAUCUGCUGACGAGUCCAAGCGUGAGGUUGCUGCUUUCUUCGCUAAUGUUGCACAUGAGACAGAAUCUUUGUGCUACAUAGAAGAGAUAAACGGUGGUUCGCAAGACUACUGUGAUGAAACCAAUACACAGUAUCCAUGCAACCCUGAUAAGAAAUACUUUGGUCGUGGACCACUUCAGUUAACUCGGAAUUACAACUAUGUAGCUGCUGGAAAUAGCAUUGGAUUUGAUGGAUUAAACUGUCCUGAAACUGUAGCCACAGACCCUGUUAUUUCAUUUAAGACAGCCUUAUGGUUUUGGAUGACCAAUGUUCACCAAGUCCUAAACCAAGGGUUUGGUGCAACCAUUCGAGCCAUUAACGGUGCAAUUGAAUGCAAUGGUGGGAACCCUGGUGCUGUCCAAUCUCGUAUCCAAUAUUACACUCAAUAUUGUAACCAACUCGGUGUUGCUCCCGGUGAUAAUCUCAGUUGCUAGCCGGAGCGAGCUGGAUCAUGAUGUCUGCGUCUCGAUCUUUUCUUGGAUAUCAUGUACUGAUCUAGCUUGCUUAAUAAUUAA